GAUAACUCAAAUAGCAGUUUCUCAAAUUUCUCUAUUAUACGACUUAAUGUUUUUUUUUUAACAUAUUAAUAACGUAAUAUUCUAUAUUUCUAUAUUAAUUUGUCCAAUUCCAGUUUUUGCUAUUUGUUUAGUGAUAAUUUUAACUAUUUUAGUAAUGCAGCAUUUAUUUAAAAUGUUGCAAAAUCGUAUUCCUAUUUUAUAAACUUUUGUAGAUAUUAAUUAUAUCACUCAUAUUGUAUUAUUAUUCAUUAUUGUUCCAUUUGUUACAUAAAAGAUAGGACAUCCAAGCACCUAGCUUAUAGGAAUUAAGUUGAUAGUAUUUAAAUAACAUCAUAAUUUGUUGUAGGUUUUUGAAAUGUUGAGAUACAGAGGAAAAAAAUUAGCACUUAAUAUUGUGAAAGAAUUGGAUUCAUUCCCUAAGGUCCAAGAAGAAAUUUAUGAACCAUCUACUUAUAGUAAUGUUAUAUUAACAGUUUUGAUUUCUAUAUUUGGAUUAUGGUUAUUGAUUUCUGAAAUACAGUAUUUUUUACAAGAACAUUAUAUAUACAGAUUUGUACCAGAUACUGACUAUGAAUCUAAACUCCCAAUAAACAUAGAUAUUACUGUUGCAUCAACUUGUGACAGUAUAGGUGCUGAUAUUGUUGAUACAACAGGACAAAAUAUGAUGUUAUUUGGAGAAUUAAAAACUGAUGAUACUUGGUGGGAAAUGACGAAAGAACAGCAACAGCAUUUUGAUAAAAUGCAUGAAUUCAAUGCAUAUUUAAGAGAAGAAUAUCAUUCAAUGAAAGACAUAUUAUGGAUGUCUGAUGAUUAUAAUACAUUAAAAAAAAAAAUUUCUGUUAGAACAGAUAAACCAAAUACUUUACCUGAUGCAUGUCGCAUACAUGGGUCAUUAAUCUUGAAUAAAGUUAUUGGCAAUUUCCAUAUAACUCCUGGAAAAUCUCUAAUAGUUCCAGGUGGGCAUGUGCAUCUUACUGGUCCAUUUUUUGGAUCAGAGGCUACUAACUUUUCCCAUCGAAUAAAUCAAUUUUCAUUUGGUGUUCCGACUAAAGGGAUAAUAUAUCCAUUAGAAGGAGAACUGUAUGAAACAAAUGAAAGUGCUGUUUCCUAUAAAUAUUUCAUAGAUGUGGUAGCUACAGAUGUUAAAUCACAUUCAAAUGAAAUAAAAACAUAUCAGUAUUCAGCAAAAGACAUACAAAGAAAAAUCGAUCAUAACCUUGGAAGUCAUGGUAUGCCUGGUAUAUAUUUUCAAUAUGAUAUAAAUGCACUCAAAUUUAUCAUCACGGCAAAUAAAAUUACCAUGUUUCAUUUAAUUAUUGAAUUAGCAUCAACUAUUGGGGGUUUAUUUUUAUUAUUUAAUUUUAUGAAGAUUCUAUUAGAUAAAUUUACUAAAAAAAUAUAUUCUUUUUUUACAAUUGAUAACAUCGCUUAAAGAGAAAAGACCUGAUAUAAAUAUUAAUCUAUUAUUGUAACAUAAUAAAACUAUUAAAUUAAAUUUAUUUUUAAA